AGGAGAAGGAGCCCCUCAGGAUCAUCCGGACGUGGCGGUGGGACGGGGACCGACAUUUGUCACUCGUCACCGGUGGUGGCCCCACGGGGCCCCAGCGCCUCCGGUUCCUCCCUUUCCUGGGGGGAAGGGACCUCCCGCGCCGUGGGAGGUGCCCCAGAAGCGUUUGGAGGUGCUGAGGAUCUCACCUCCACCAGGAUCUCACCUCCUUUGGGAUCUCAUCUCCACCAGGAUCUCACCUCUCCUGGGAUCUCACCUCUCCUGGGAUCUCACCUCCUUUGGGAUCUCAUCUCCACCAGGAUCUCACCUCCACCAGGAUCUCACCUCCAUUGGGAUCCCAUCUCCACCAGGAUCCCAUAUCCAUCAGGAUCCCAUCUCCACCGGGAUCCCAUCUCCAUCAGCUCCUGGCCAGAAGUUGAUGAUUGGACCCUCUUCUAUCGACUCCUCUGCAGAAAUUCAUCCUGCCGGGACCCACCUCCACUGAAGUUCAUCCUGCCAGGACCCACCUCCACCAGUUGCUCCAUUUAAGUUCAUCCCACCAGGACCCACCUCCAUCGGCUCCUUCCCAGAAAUUCAUCCUGCCAGGACCCACCUCCACAGAAGUUAAUCCUGCCGGGACCCGGCUCCAUUGACAUCCAUUCCACCGGGACCCACCUCCCCAGAAUUCACCCCACCAGGACCCACCUCCCCAGGAAUUCACCCCACCGGGAGCCACCUCCCCAGAAUUCACCCCACCAGGAGCCACCUCCACCGUCUCGUCCCCGUGUCCCCAUGGAGGUGUGGCGCCAAUGUGCGCACUGGCUGGUGGCCGCGCGCGUCCUGCCCGCGGGACACCGGGCCAGCAGCCCCGGGGGACAGGUGUGGGACCUGGCGCAGGCGCUGCGCGACGGGGUCCUGCUGUGCCACCUCCUCAACGCCCUCCUGCCCCGCGCCGUGCCACCCCGGGACAUCUGUCCCCGGCCACAGAUGUCACAGUUCCUGUGCCUGAGGAACAUCCGCACCUUCCUGACCGCCUGCGCUGACAAAUUCGGGCUCCCCAAGCACCGGCUCUUCGGCGCCUUCGACCUCUUCGAUGUCCAGGACUUUGGGAAGGUGAUUGAGACGCUCUCAACGCUCUCCUGGACCCCCAUCGCGCAGAGCAAAGGAUUCACGCCAUUCCCGUCCGAGGACAGCGUUGGGGACGAUGACAUUUACAGCGGCCUCUCCGACCUCAUCGAUGACACGGCCGAGGAGGACGAUGACCUCUACGACUGCGUGGAGGCCGAAGGGGACGACGGCGAUGACGUCUACGAGGACCUGAUGAGGGUCGAGCCCCCCCCGGCCACGAAGGGAGGGGUGGACCGGCGGCUCUGCUGCCUCCAGGAGCUGCGGCAGACGGAGGAGAGGUACACGGAGACCCUGGAGUCCAUCUGCCAGCACUUCCUGCGGCCACUGCGGCACUUCCUGAGCGCCCGGGACAUGGAGAGCAUCUUCAUCAACGUGGAG